AGAGAACAUUGUACGGAUCCGCGUCCGGAACGAGUGCAACAAUAUGGAAUAAUUGGCUUCCUAUGUAUUUGGCGCAACCAUUAAUAUUUUUCUAUACUUUCUUUUUUCCGUUCUUUAGAUAUAGCUGCCACGCUUUCAAUGGAAUAAUACUACAUAACAUCGUUGUGGUGAUAGACAAUUAAAUCGAGAAGAGAUGUCGCGGAGACCGGUGAAUACGUCUCGGCGAUUCGGAGACAACGGAGGUGGAUUGUUUUCAUCUUCGAAAUCGAGGUCGUCACCAGUUUUGUCGGUUGGGCUCAUAAUCGUGGGUGGCCUGUUUCUCAUUGCCUAUAUGUACAAGGGCUCAGGCGGAUUUGGCAGCCAUUUAGAGUCUGUGAGCAGGGUUGAAGGUGAUUAUUUGUGUACUGGAGAGGUCCAACGUGCAAUUCCCAUUUUGCAGAAAGCAUAUGGUGAUAGCUUACAUAAAGUUUUGCAUGUUGGUCCCGAUAGUUGCUAUGUGGUCUCUAAAUUGCUGAAGGAGGAGGAAACAGAAGCCUGGGGUGUAGAACCAUAUGAUAUAGAGGAUGUUGAUGGUAAUUGCAAAGCACUUAUCCGCAAAGGCAUUGUGCGUAUGGCUGAUAUCAAGUUUCCUCUUCCAUACAGGCCAAAAUCAUUCUCACUUGUAAUUGUGUCGGAUGCGCUUGAUUACUUAUCUCCCAGAUACCUUAACAAAACUCUUCCAGAUUUGGCAAGGGUAUCAUCUGAUGGAAUAGUGAUAUUUACUGGUUUUCCAGAUAAUCAGAAGGUUAAGGUUGCUGAUGUUUCUAAAUUUGGAAGAGCGGCUAAGAUGAGGAGCUCAUCCUGGUGGCUUCGGUAUUUCCUUCAGAUUAACUUAGAGGAGAACGAAGCUGCUUCCAAGAAGUUUGCACAGGCUUCGACUAAGAGUUCAUACACUCCAAGAUGCCAGGUAUUCCACUUGAAGUCUCUCAAUUGACUUCUCAAAUGAUUCUCAAAUGAUUGCAUUUGUAGCAUUGAAGCUCCCAAGGAUUGCUUUACGUUUUCAUCUAAAACAGUUUCUUUUAUAAAAGGUAAUUUAAUUCAUCAAAGUUUAUUCUCAAUAGAUGGUGUAUCUGUAAUAGAUUUAUAUUCUUUGAAAUACUAGCCUCUGGCGAUAAAGGAUAAAUGAGUUUAGUUAAAUUAAUUUAUUAGUUGAAUAUGUGAUCUUAAGUGCAGUGGCAAUGGUGUACUUAAACUCCUUUUUCCAUGAGAUAUAAAUUGAAUCUUAUUACAUUUGC